CUUCCGACACUAGACUAGAGUUUGUGCUGCGGAUUUUAUUAGAGCGAAGAAAGAAGAAAAACCGCUACAUCUUCAUAUUCUAGGGUUUUAGGGUUUAAACAAGAUUUUGUGUGUUCGAGAUUUAGACGGUAAUGGCGAAACCUAGUGGAGGUAGAGCUGCUAAGAGAUCUAUCUCUGGUUCUUCUAGUUCUUCAUCACAAUCUCGCUCUUCUUCAGGUUCUCGGUCUCGGUCUCGGUCUCGCUCUCGUUCUAAAUCCACUUCAUCUUUUUCUUCUCGAUCCCGGAGCUCAAGUUCUCGCAGCCGAAGCCCUCCGUCUAGACGAAAAAGUACCACAGGACCAGCAAGACGAGGUCGCUCUCCACCAGCUAAAAGAGAUUCACCACGCCCAAGGAAAAAGUCUCCUGUUCUCGAAUCUGUUGUCCUUCACAUUGAUCAGCUUACAAGGAAUGUAAAUGAAGGCCAUAUGAAAGAAAUAUUUAGUAACUUUGGAGAAGUAGUUAGUGUGGAGUUGACAAUGGAUCGUAGUGUUAAUCUUCCUCGGGGAUUUGGUUAUGUUGAGUUCAAGACGAGAGCCGAAGCAGAGAAGGCGCUUUUUUACAUGGACGGUGCCCAGAUUGAUGGAAGUGUCAUUAAAGCAAAAUUCACUUUGCCUCAACGCCAGAAGGUUUCAUCACCUCAAAAGGCUGUUACAACUGGUCCCAAAAGAGAAGCUUUGGGCAAGGACGAUAUUGGUGCUCCCGUUGAGAAGGAUGGGCAUCAAAGGAAAAAAGAUGCUUCUCCUCUUCAAAAGCCUCUUUCACCAUUGCGAAGAAAAUCCCCUGUAGCUCUUCGAAGAGGUGAAUCACCUCGACCACGAACAGGUUCUCCUCGGCGAGGAGGAAGUCCUCCAAGGAGGAGGCAGCUCUCUCCAGCUAGACGACGUUCUAGGUCCCCAGCUCCUCGACGCCAAAGAUCACCUUUACGGAUGCGUGGAAGUCCUGUGCGAAGACGUUCUCCUUUUCCAAUGAGACGCCGCUCUCCUCCUAGACGACUUCGUAGUCCUUUAAGAAGGUAUCGUAGACAUAGCCGCUCUCCUAUUCGCAGACCUGCACGUUCACACUCAAGAUCCGUCUCUCCUCGCAGGGGUCGAAACCUAGCACAAAGGCGUGGGAGGUCCUCAUCAUCCUCUGAUUCGCCUAGUCCUCGCAAGGGUGCAAGGAAGCUUUCUAGGAGUCGCAGUCCAAGAAGGGGUGGAAGAGGAAGGAGCACCAGCAACAGCAGUUCCCCUUCCCCUAAACCCAAACCAUAAGGAGAUCCAUUUACGAGCUUAGGUAACAAGUUCUCUUUGAGGGAGAACUCUUAAACCUCCAAACAUUAUGUUUUGAGUGUAAUCAAACACUGAAGAGAAACUCCUUUCAUACUCUGUUCUGUAUCCUUAACGAUUACAAUACACCCUUUUUGUAAGGUUUCACUCUUUUACAAGUCACAUUAACUACUACACUGUUAUUAUGACAUUCUCUAAUGUAUAGCCAUUCGAGUAUUAGAACAUAA